AUUUGUGGCAGCAGGCUUGAUAGCAGUGUGACUGAGAAGACCUAUUUCUCUUUCGAUUUGGUUUUGUAAUAAUAAUAAUAAUAAAAAAGUAUAUUUUCAUUGUCUAGAGUUCUAACUGUAUUUAAUCUGUACAAUAAUUACCAUAUUUUGCCAGAGAAGACGGACGUCUCUGUUGUGUUCAAAAACAUAUGGUCGUACCACCGCUGUCUCUUUUUUGAACGUUUGAAGGAAGGUGUGGGGAAUACUCUCUGUCCAUCUUUACCUCACUCUCGAUUUCCUUGUCUCGUCUCGGCUUUAUUGGACCUCAAAACGGCGCUCACACAAGCACACUCACGAACACAAAAGUGAAUCUGAUGACAGACUAGCAGAUUUUACCUGGCUAGCUCCAUAAUAAUGCCUUUUUGACCGAGACUUUAUUUAAAACGCAGAGGUCUGGAUACGGGAUUAUAACUUCAGAGGAAGAAGAUAUCAUUUAUAUUUAUUUUUAACAAUGUGGACUCCGGAUUUGAACCUAUCAGUAAUUGGUAUCCUCUGUUUGGUGAAUGUUUCCAUUCAAGGAGAGUAUCAGAGGAAACUGUACAAGGAGCUGAUGAAGAAUUACAACCCUCUUGAGAGACCUGUGGCAAAUGACUCCCAUGCUUUAACCGUCUCCUUCAGUCUUAGCCUAAUGCAGAUAAUGGAUGUGGAUGAGAAGAAUCAAGUUUUAACAACUAAUGUCUGGUUACAGCUGUACUGGCAGGAUUACUAUCUUCAGUGGAACAUAUCUGAAUAUCCAGGAGUGAAAAAGGUUCGAUUUCCAGACGGGCAAAUCUGGAAACCAGACAUCCUUCUGUAUAACAGUGCCGAUGAGAGAUUCGAUGCCACCUUUCACACCAAUGUCUUGGUGAAUUCUACAGGGCACUGUCAAUACCUUCCUCCAGGUAUCUUCAAGAGCUCCUGCUAUAUUGACGUGCGCUGGUUCCCCUUCGAUGUGCAGAGGUGUGACCUCAAGUUUGGCUCUUGGACCUAUGGAGGCUGGUCCCUCGAUCUGCAGAUGAUUGAAGCUGAUAUAACCGGCUAUAUCCCCAACGGGGAAUGGGAUCUUGUAGAGGUCCCGGGGCGGCGCAGUGAGAGGUUCUAUGACUGCUGUAAGGAGCCGUACCCGGACGUGACGUUCACGGUGGUCAUGCGGAGACGGACUCUAUAUUACGGUCUGAACCUGCUCAUCCCCUGUGUCCUCAUCUCUGGCCUUGCCCUGCUCGUCUUCCUGCUGCCUGCGGGCUCAGGGGAAAAGAUCUCCCUGGGAAUCACGGUGCUGUUGUCUCUCACUGUCUUCAUGUUGCUUGUAGCAGAGAUCAUGCCUGCAACGUCUGAUUCGGUGCCUCUGAUAGCUCAGUACUUUGCCAGCACCAUGAUUAUUGUUGGCUUGUCAGUAGUCGUCACUGUCCUGGUUCUACAGUUCCACCAUCAUGACCCUGACGGGGGGAAAAUGCCCAAAUGGACGCGAAUAAUCCUCCUGAACUGGUGUGCCUGGUUCCUGCGCAUGAAGAGGCCCGGAGAGGACAAGGUGCGUCCAGCCUGCAACAUCGAGCAGCGACGCAGCAGCCUCUCCAGUGUGGAGCUCAAUGCCAGCACCAGUGCCCCGCACUCCACCAACGGAAACAUGCUGUACAUCGGCUUCCGUGGGCUGGAGGGAGGGCCCUGCAGCCCCACCCCCGACUCAGGAGUGAUGUGCGGGCGGAUGAUGGGGGGGGUCGAGGAGGACGUGCUGCUGCCAGCGGAGGGGGGUGGGGACCCCGAUCUCAUGAAGAUCCUGGAGGAGGUGCGCUACAUCGCCAACCGCUUCCGAGACCAAGACGAGGACGAGUCCAUCUGCAACGAGUGGAAAUUUGCUGCUUCCGUCAUCGACCGGCUCUGUCUCAUGGGUUUCUCUGUCUUCACCAUCCUCCUCACCAUCGGUAUUCUCAUGUCGGCGCCCAAUUUCGUUGAGGCCGUCUCAAAAGACUUUACCUGAUCCCUGACCAUCUCCACAAACCACAAUCCGCGAUCCAACCCUUAGACAGACUGAGAACAACUCCUAUUGCUAUAUGGUUGUAAUCAAUGACUGAAAUGCAGUACCUCCUGUUAUCUCAAUAAAUAGCUCAUAUUCUCUCAUAAGUUUUUUCUUCAUUUGCAUAAUAAAACCUUGUAGCAGAUGUUUUAACUUAAUAUUGAUAUUCUAGAGUCAAUUACGUAAACGACAUAGGUUAAUACAUCAAUAAUUACAGCAACUCUAAACAAAAUAUUAUCUAAUUAUCUGCUAUUUAUCAGUCAAUGUAAAUAAAUUAAAUUAAAAUACCAAGAUGAACUUACUUCAAUGUAUCAUUUUUUUAUGUUUGUUGUAUAUAGCUAAUUUAAUAUUUUAAACAAUAUUCUCCAUUAAUUUAAUAGGAAUUAUAUCUUAACAGUGCUUAAUUAACAUCAGACAACUCAGUUUAAAAGUACAGUUACUUUUAUUUAUUUCUAUGUUACAAAACUAGGUAAGUGAAAAGUAUCAGCUAGGAUUUGUAUUGUGUUCAGAAAAUUAUUAAACCAUAUAUUUUAUCAGAAUUCUAAAUAUACCUAAAACAUUCAUAAAUGUAUUCAUAUAAUUUAUCCGAUUAAGAAUUCCAGAUAUGUUCAAACAAUGGAUUAUUUAACAUUUAAUUAUACAACAUUUACAAAGUAAUCCUAUAAUUUCUAUGUACCAUGAACAUUAUAAAUAUGCAUAUUUACCAUACUUGGUUUAGAAAUAAGUUGAAAAGUCUUAAAAUAAAGUUUUGAUUCCUCGUGUUAAAGAAGCUAUAGCAAAGCCCAAAGAAUGAUUUUGUUCCCAAUAUUUGCAAAGAUUGUUCGUUUUCCAUUUUCCUCAAAGAAAUGAAUUCCUGGCGCUGGUCUUUUUAGAAGCUUGCAGUGUUGUUCAGAAGGAAAGUCUGCUGUUUUUGUGCUCAUGUUCCUUAUGAGUGCAGCCAGUUUGUUUUUGGAGAGCACAGCUGAAUGGAACAGAGAGGGGGGGGGGGUUAUUUUAUUUUGAGAGAGAGCAAGGAGAACAAGAGAGAAUCCUGUGUUUUACAAUCAAUCCUUAGAAAGAGCCAAAAGCCAGUACUUUAUAAAUAAGUCCUCUACAAUGGCUUCAGAACUCACAUCAAUGAUUGGUUCAAAUCGAAUUCUGGGUAUUUAUAAAAAGUCACGGGAUACAAAUUCUGGUCCACGAUUGGACAGUUUGAAAACAAAUACACAGUACACAAUUCAAUACACGAGGGCAAGUCUCUUUGAAGUAUCAUCCAAAGAUGAAUUGUCUUAACCAGACCAGUUUUGUUUAUUCAAAACAAUAAAACUCGCUUGUGCUCACAGCUGGAGCAUCAGUGGGGGGUUUUUUCAACCAGAAAGAGACAACAGUUUUUUGAAAGCAGGCUUUCCAAAAUCUCCCCCCAGCCAGAAGGUGCUAUUUCCAAAAGAUCACAUUUACGUUUGAUCAAAUCCAUAUAAUCCAAACACUAUAUGUAAACAUUAAUACAUUGCAUCCACAACCUUUGUUUGUUUCCUUAUUACAAAAAAAAAUGGUGCGGAAUACUAAAGCAAGAAGCAUGACAACAGCGUUUUGGUGUUGUUAAUAAUGCCUCAGAUUGGGAGCUCCCAGGUGGUGCAUCCGGUAAAGGCACUCCGCAUGGACCGCAGGAUGCGCCCUAUAGCUUGGAGGUCACCGGUUCGAGUCCAGGCUAUUCCACUGCUGACCAUGGAUGAGAGCUUCCAAGGGGCAGUGCACAAUUGGCCGAACAUCGUCCGGGUGGGGAGGACUUAAGUUGGCCAGGAUGUCCUCAGCUCACCGCGCACCAGCAACCCCUGUAGACUGGCCGGGUGCCUGCGGGCUUGACUGUAAACUGCUCAGAGUAGCGUUGUCCUCCAAAGCUAUAACUCAGAGGUGGCUGCAUGGCGGGCCUACAGAGUGGAAAAAAGCAGUUGGCUGACAGCACAUGUUUCGGAGGACAGCGUGUGUUCCCAAGUCAGCACGGGGGUGGUAGCGGUGAGCUGAGCCUAAAAUAAUACAAUUGGCCAUUUCAAAUUGGGAGAAAAUGGGGUAAAAUUCAAUUGGCGACUACUAAAAUUUUUUUAAAAAAAAUAGUGCCUCCGAUUGUGGUUUCUAUGGCUGUUCCUGAGGUUUGUUGGUCAUUUUAGUGUUUUUUUUAGCAAGGAGGUUUAACAUCACCUUCAGAUGUAAACAUAGCAUCACACAUGAUUGUAAAAACCACUAAAGCAGUAAAAAAAAUCUCUUUCAGUCUUUAUUCUGUAAAUUAUAAAUAGGGCUUCUGAUUUUUGGUUUUAACCGAUGAAAGCCGAUAAAUCACCCCCGAUACAAAAAAGAAAAUUAAAUCGGUGUAUAUCCAAUAAACACUGGAAAAACACUGGAAAUGGUUACUCAAUUCACACUGACUGGACCCGUUUUCCAUUUCAGACUUGUAUCUUGCAUUGAUUCGUUCUGAAUGCUUUAAACCCACCCCAACUACUGAGUGACAGCAAAUUCUCACAUUUCUAUUGGAGGAUUGUAACAUGCUUGCAACAUUUAAAAGGAGAUGUUCUUGCUUGCGAGAUUUAAAGCUAUAUGACAGUACAUAGUAUUUACAGGCUCGUGGAAUUUAAAACAGAAUUGCAAAUUGUGUCAAAAUGCCUAAACACACAAAAACCCCAGAAGAAUAUGCCAGUGACCCUAAGGAUUUCAUUGUGGAAGACAGUGAAGGAAAGAAGGUACAAUAUAAGAUUUACAUAUAACUUGAAAAUAGCUAAAAAUAAGCACCAAGAAAUGAUAUUAAUAAAAACUUAAAACCUGAAGCCCUAGUUAUGCAACAUGCACACAUGCCCACUCAUGCAUUUAUAGACUGAUACUACUUUAGCAGUAAUGUCACAAUGACAGCUUCGACAAACUUUGGAUUCAGAGCUCCCCACUGCAAUGUUUAAUCUGCACCAAUAUAGUGCUUAAUGACAUCUAGCAUCAUUCUAAUUAUGUGUGGGAUGAAGAGAAAACACAAUUGUUCUUCAUGGGUUACUCAAGCAUAAUCUAUCUGGGGGUUCAUUGACCAUGCUUUUGCACUGACCAGAGCAGGUUGUUUAGGUGUUCUGCAGGUUCAAGAGAUGUCCUUCUAUAUGUUUACCAAAGUAGGUUAUGUACCAUUGUUAUGUAUUUACUAUUAUUUACAAUGUGUUUCGCCUUUGCUGUACAUUCACCACGAUAUGCCACAUUGCACAUUUAUAAAAACAAUUGUCCCUUUAAAGUCCUUUUUUAACUAAUCAUUUCCAAUGUAAGGAAAAUACAACUGUAACAUUUAAACAUUAGUCAUAAAAUACAUAUACUCCACAUAUCUAUUAAAAACCAGUUAUGUUGGAUCCCAAUGUUUUGUCUUUCUAUUUUCUUGACACACUUUUACCUAAGCAGAAUGGAUUAGGUGGCGUAUGUGUCUUUGUUUUACGUUUUCUACCUGUGCUAACAUUUUGUUUUAGGUACCAUUAGAUGUACAGUAACAUUAUACAACAAAUUGACAUUUGAGUACAGAGCAGUUGCUUAAAACAUGUGCUGUUUUUUAAUAAACAAACUAUUAAAUGUGUGUUUCAAUGUCUGUGUAUUCCACGUUUGACCUGAUUUACAAAGCUUUCGAUUCAAUCUACAAUGUUGAUAUUUUGUUAUUGAAAGUAAACACUUGUGUUAAUAUCCCUUUCCUCACAGGCUGGAAGUCAUGUUUCAGCAUAAUUACAGUAUGCAAAUCAUGCGCAAUCUCAUGUCAGCUGACCUGAGGUACUGUAUAUACAGGUUGAGUCAAGCCAGAGGAAAUUAAAUCCAAUCUGUUAAGCUUCAGCACCAGUAAGAAACAAUGUAUUCAUGUUUUGCUAAAAUAUUAUCCCCAGAGUAAGGUCAGCUCAAAUACCAGAA